AUGGCGGAGAUGAAUUCCGCGUCAGUCCCGCUGGCCCCGCCUUCCGACCGCCGUCAACUCGCUGUAGACAAACCCGGACGUGUCACCCGGAGUGACGGAAGUGAGAAGGGUGGAAACUCCAGUCAACCCAAGAAUGCCGGUGCGACGGCUAAGCAAGAUGUUCAGUCCUCAGGUACCAGUGAACAUCUGGAGAGGAAAUGUUAUGAAUGGCCAAUUAGCAGUCCACUUCUGCCCUGCCAUGCUGUUCAUUGUCAUUCAGGAAGAUGCGGAAUUUUUGAGGACGAUUUGAAUGUCUGUUUCGGAUUUUCAGGGAGUGACGGAAGUGAGAUGGGUGGAAACUCCAGUCAACCCAAGAAUGCCGGCGCGACGGCUAAGCAAGGUGUUCAGUCCUCAGGUACCAGUGAACAUGUGGAGGCUCAACCGCUUAAACCUUCAAGAAGCAGUGCAGUAGAAGAAAGUCCAGUUCGGCACCGCAGGCGUCCUCGACGUCGUCGAAGAAGACCCACAUUGCCUGAAUACAUAAAGAGCCACAUUCUCAUAUUUGCAGGGGCUGAUACAAGUGAAAUGGGUGGAGACUCCAAUCAACCGCAGUCUGCCAGCGCGUCGUCUGAGCAACGAAUUCAGAGCUCAAAUUUCAGUCCCGAUCAAUUGAUUGACGAUUUGCUUGUCGGUCCAUGCAAACUGCUUUCUGGUAUGUUCUCAGUGUUAACUUGACCCAUUCAGUAUUAUGCAUGUUAGCAGAAUGAAAGUGGUUUCAAAGGAAACAGUUGAGGACAAUGUCAAUUAUUGCAACAGAAUGUUGUUCAAUAUAAUGCUCAGUGAAAUGUUGCUGUUCAGGGUCAGCAUGUUUAUUUAAUGGUCAGUUGUAUUGGAGUAACCCUUGGGGUUGUUUGAAAAUGUACACAGCCAUAUAGAUGAAAGGGAAUGCAGAGUCAUGGAGUAGUAUAGCACAGAAACAGAGGGUUCAUUCUAACUUGUCCACGCCAACCAAGGUGCCCUCCUACACUAAUGCCAUGUUUGGCAUAUUACCACUCUGCAAUAUUCUUAUCGAAACACAAAUCCAGAUAUCCCUACAAUCUGCUUUUUGAACUUGUCUUGUAUUCAACUCAACUUCGCACCAUCUGCGUCUACACCACACUCCAUGUGCAGAGCUCCACCUCUGUCCCUUUUAAAUGUUGUCACUCUCUCACCUUGAACCUGUGCUCUCCAGUUUAUUAGAGGUGUGCACUUGAAAGGGGUGAUGAUGGGGGAGGGAAGUGUGCAUUCACUGCUAUAAUACCCAUUCUGAUUUUGAAUCCCCCAAAUAGCUCUCCUUUCAAUUUCGUACUCACUGGGGAGUGAACUCCAAACCUGCAUGACCUCUCACUGUAUGUCAGACCCCAGAAUUUCUUUGCACUGUUUGCAGUUGAAUGACAUCUUUCCUGUGAGGAAAACUGUACACAGUACUCAAUGUAUGGCCACACCAACAUCCUGAGGUAUGGGAACAUUACGUUCCAUCACCGAAAUUCAGUGACCUGACUGAUACAGAUCAGUGUGUCAAGUGCCACUGUCAGCAUCCGGUUGAUCUGAGACAUCACAUUACUCCAGAUGUUUACUUGUUAUGCCUCUUGCAGUGAACUGUUUAUCUCUACUGUUGUCUUCCUGUUCCACAACACACUGCAGGACCUACCCUUUACGAUGGAAGUGCAAUACUCCUCACCUAAAUGGAUUGAAUGCCACUGACAAUCUGCAAACCACAGAACGAGUUGAUCUAAAUGCCCCCAUAUUUUUUGACAACUUUCUUCACUGUUUACCAGAGCACCUAAUUUGUUAUCAUCUGCAAACUUACUAAGCGCAACGGAUGCAUUUUCUUCAAAAUUGUUUGUAUGAAUAGUGUUGUAUCCUGAUGCUUUUGGCAAUCCUAAAGUCAAGAUUGAGGCAUAAAAGUUGUUUAAAUAUAGAAAUCUACAGCACAUUACAGGCCCUUCGACCCACAAUGUUGUCGAUCAUGCAAUCUACACUAGAAACAGCCCAGAAUUUCCCAAGUGUCUAGCCCUCUAUUUUCCGAUGCUCUAUGUACCUGUCUAAGAGACUCUUAAAAGAGCCCAUUGGAUCCAUCUUCAUGCACCUACCACUGUUGUUUUAGUUUAUUGAGGGUAAGAAGAGCAAAAAAGAGGUAACCAAAGACUCAAAGGACAGAGAGAGAGAGACAAAAAAGUACCAUGUUCCUCCAGCAGAUUACUGCUUAGUAAAAAACAUUCAUUACAUUUUAUCAACCAAUAAGAAGGCUGAUUCAAUUAAUUUCACUCUUAUUUCUGAACCAAAAAGUCUCCAUAAAAGUUGGGGUAAUUGCCAUUGUAAUGCUGGAAAAUUCACUGAUGGAUCACGUGUACACUCAGUGGCCACAUGCAAAUGCUCAUUACUGUAGGUAUCUAAUCAGCCAAUCACGUGGCAGGAACUCAAUGCAUAAAACAUGCAGACAUGGUCAAGAGGGUCAUUUGCUCAAACCAAAGUGGGUGAGCUACAGUGGAAGGCCACACAGGUAGCUGAUCAAUUAGACAAUGUAUGUGGACGGUUGAUGUCGACAUAAUCGGCUGAGGGGCCUGUUUCUCUGCAGCAUAUCUCUUCCUUAAUGAGAGAGAAUACUUUUCAGACAGGUAAUGACCAACUGCAGUUCACAGAUCACAUCGCUUCGUCUUCCUGAAACAAAUCAUCAUCUAAUCCUCAUGUUACUAUGCUGUUCAUGCUGACAGUUUGAGUGAUGAAUAACCCAUUCCUGCCACGUGGAAAGGUGCCAAUAGUGAUGGGGAUCCAGUGACUUCGGUCAUGUUACACGGUUGUGUUAAAGUGGCUGAACACGGCAGAGCAGAAGUGGGUCCUUUGGCCCAUCAAGUCCAUGCUAGAAACGUAUUCUGCCUCAGCCCACCAAACUACAC